CAUAGAGCAUGCGCAGUUGCGUUUUCCUUUAGGUCCCGCCUCCGAACUCACUUUGUCAGUGACACGGGAAGUUUUGUAGGUCCUUUGUUUCCGCUUUUUAUUUAUUCAUUCAAAUUGUAAAUAAUGAGUUAUAAUACUGACCUUAACGAGUUAUAAUAAGGACCUUAAUUAGUUACAAUGCCAAAAAUAUAUACAGUAUAUUUUUAGCUCCCUGCCAUUCCCACGCAUGCGCAGUAGCUUCUGUUUACAUUACUGUCCUCGCCACAGAGCUGACUCUGACAGCCGCUUUUCAGCUGUCUUCUCCGGGUAAAUAAUGUCCGUGAAACACGCUCUGAGCCGCGGGCUGGAGCUGGGCCGCUCGCUGCUCCAGCUGGGGCUCCUGAAACCAGGGGCCCGGGUCGCUGCCAGGCUUCGGGUCGGCGCGUCGGUGCACACCGUUCAGCCUCGGGCUUUCCUGCCCUCCCGGUACCGGUACUACCGCUCCUCUCUGCAGGGCCUGGCCGCCCGGCUGCAGGCCUCUGCCGGCUUCAGGAGCAUGGGAAGAUCCCCGAGAAACAGGGCCGUGUUCCUGGCCUUCGGGCUCGGUGUUGGGCUCGUCGAGCAGCUGGAGGAGGACCGGAGGAGCACUGCAACCUGUGAGGAGAUCCAGGCGGUGUUCAGGAGGAAGAAGUUCCAGAGCUCCUUGAAGCCGAUCCCCUCAGGGUACAAGCUGCAGGAUUACAUCAUCGGGGCUCAGGUCGGAAAAGGCUCCAACGCUGCCGUGUACGAAGCUGCAGCUCGAUUUACUCCUCCAAGAGAGGAGGAGGUGCAGCUCAGAGAGGAAGAGGAGGUGCAGCUCAGAGAGGAAGAGGAGGAAGGGGCUCCAUCUCUGACCUGCUGCUCCUUCAGAGGAUUCCCCCUGGCGAUCAAGAUGAUGUGGAACUUCGGGGCGGGGUCUUCCAGCGAGGCGAUCCUGAGGUCCAUGUCUCAGGAGCUGGUUCCUGCAGGCCGGCUGGCCCUGAAAAAGGAGGAGGAAGAGCUGCCUCUGGACGGACACUUUGGGGUCCUGCCCAGACGGGUUUCGGCUCACCCAAACCUGAUCCGGGUCAACCGAGCGUUCACCGCCGAGGUGCCGCUGCUGCCCGGAGCGAGGGAGGAGUAUCCUGACGUUCUGCCCGCCAGACUAAACCCCGACGGGCUGGGGAACAACCGCACGCUGUUCCUCGUUAUGAAGAAUUACCCCAGUACUCUGCGUCAGUACCUGGCUGUGAACCAGCCGAGCCGGAGGCAGGGCGUCCUAAUGCUGCUGCAGCUGCUGGAGGGGGUGCACCACCUCUGCAGGGAGGGGGUCGCUCACCGGGACCUGAAGACCGACAACAUCCUGCUGGAGCUGGACUCAGCCGGAUGUCCUCGGCUGGUGAUUUCGGACUUCGGCUGCUGCCUGUCUCAGAGGGACGGCAGUCUGCAGCUUCCCUUCAACAGCAUGUGGGUGAGCCGGGGGGGCAACGCCUGCCUCAUGGCCCCCGAGGUGUCCAGUGCCUCCCCGGGCCGGGCCUCGGUGAUCGACUACAGUAAAGCGGACGGCUGGGCGGUCGGCGCCGUCGCCUACGAGAUCUUUGGGGGGCCCAACCCGUUCUACGGAGCGGGGGGGCUGCAGAGCCGGAGCUACAAGGAGACGCAGCUGCCACCACCCCCCCCCACUGCGCCUGCAGACGUGCAGCUGGUGAUGCAACUGCUGCUCAGGAGGAGCCCCAGCCAGCGGCCCAGCGCCCGUGUUGCCGCCAACAUGCUACACCUGAGCCUGUGGGGGGGCCGCGCCAUGGCCGACCUGAGGAAGCUCUCUGAUUGGCUGCUGUGUCAGUCAGCCGUGGUGCUGCUGAGGGGCUGCAGUGGGCCAAGGUGCUGCACGGUGGAGGCAGAGCUUCAGAGGAGCUUCCUGUCCAACCUGGAGCUGGAGGAGCUGCGCACCGCGGGGGGGUUCCUGCUGUACGGCCGGGGGGGGGUGGCUCGUAGACUUGUGAGCUCUUGUUAGCUGGUCCCAUCCUUUCUCUAAUGCUGUGGUAUUAGCUUCUGGUCUGCUGUGAACCUCCAUUAGAGCUGUAGAUACUGGUGAACUGGGAGCUGAGGGAUAACACUGGCUUUGAUUUCAGGGAGACUUCUUCUCUUUAAGGCGAUGAGACGUCCUCUCCUCGUCCUCUGUUUCCAAAGACGAGCUUCUCCUAACGGGUGUCUUCUGCCAGCAACACUAAACUGACCCAGGGAGGGAGAGCGUCCUCCCCAGGCUGUGAUGCACUUUACAUAUUUGUGAGGAAUCCUGCCCCCCCUUAUAAAGCCUAUAAAUAUGAGAAACAUAUAAAUGAACAGCAAACUGAGACACAGACACGUCCCGCUGAAAACACAGACUUUAAAACCCUUUCUAUUAAUGAGUAACCCGCUGACAUUGAGAGUACAUGAGUUAAUGAUGAGACGGUCAUCUUGUUAUGGUCUGUUGAUUAACCCAUUCAUUAGUAAUCAGUGUUCAAAGGUUUUACUGCAAACUGGGGUUCAAAGCCCCCCAGACCAUGUUUGCAUGAGAGGAAAAGGAUCAAAAGGAAAGCUUAUAACAUUAUUCUAGUUUGUAGACAUCGUGUAUUAUAUUCUGGAGAAGUGAUCGAACUCUUCUCACUGUGAUCUGUUCCUAACGAGUCUCAGGAACCCUCUCCUGCUGGCUCUGGAACUGAAGCUCUGGAACGGGUUCUUCAACUUCAGAUUUAUUUUGGGAUAAAUGUAGAGUUUCCUGCAGUUUCAGAAUAAAAGCCUCUGUGAAAAUAAA